UCCUUCACUUGACUGAUACCAAGAAAAUUACUUUCAACAGAGGAAAACCUUCAUUUUCAAUUCGGUCAUCAAUGGCUUCCCUAAGAACCCUCCUCACGGGCACAGCUGCCUCCUCCUUGAAGAAGCAUCUGAUCAUCACAAAUGCACGUCCAAAACUAGCUGCUACCACUUCACUUGCUCCCCACCGCCUUCAGCUCCUCCCCACCACCAAAACCUUCACUUUCCGCCCUCUCUCCGCUCCUAACUAUUCCACCUUCAUCGUUUCUGACUCCGACUCUGAAGCAGCAGAUGAGUUCUGCUCUGAUUCCGAGGAAGCCGUUGAAAUCUUCUCUGAUGAAUCCAAGAGGGGCAUUUUCCCAUAUGAAAACCCUUUUCUAAAAGCUGGAAACAGGAACGUUUUCGAGAUGCAUGUUGAUGAUGAAGCAGCAAAGCUGAGGUUUGAUUUCCCCGGGGUAGGGAAAGAAGGCCUGAAAAUCUGGUUUGAGAACGGUAACCUGAAAAUAGAGGGUACUGAAGAUGCUACUGAUGUUGACGGGGUGCCCAAGGAAGGCAGAAAGUAUGCUGUUACAUAUGAGAUUUUUGAACCAGGGUUGCUGAAAAAAGAUGAAGCUAAAGCUGAGAUGAAGAAUGGGGUCCUGAAGGUGGUCAUCCCCAUGGUGAAAUUUGAGGAGAGGAAGGAAGUUGUUCACGUCAACGUUGCCUGAAACUGAAUCACCAUUCGCCUACCUGGUUUCCAUAUCUAAGAGUAGAUAGAACAAUUUAGGAUCUUCAUCUAGUUUCGGACUUUUUCCUCUAGAUCUGCUUUUGGUUAUUUAUUUGGAGACUUGGAUCCCAUUUGCUGGCUCAUCUUCCUUAUUGUUGGAGUCUUGAAUCGAUUAAGUAUCUGUAUUUAAUCAUGAGUAUGAUUUUCAAGACAUCACAACUAUUUUGGAAUCCUUUCCUAUGGGUAGUUGUACUGCUCCUCGUUUUAUUUCUAUUGAUAUGCAUCUUUUAAUCCUA